AUGGGUGGACUGGGGCUGCACGGAAUCGAAACUUAACUGGGAAAUGUGAAGUGAGGCACGACGCCUCGGCGGGUCUCUUCCUCGUCGCCUCGACCUCUCAGCUGUCCAAAGUUUUUCCGUCUUUGUCCCCUUGUGGACACUGAACAUUGCCUCGGUUCAAUGAACUUCCUCACCUCAUACGGGAAGCAUGGACCCUGCCAGACAGAAACGCAAAGAAGAGAUAAGCAAAUCUCUGAUUUUUAUACAGUCUUCCUUGGCUUAUCCAGAACCAGCAGCCUACCAGGACUUCCUGACCCGGUUAGUGUGCAACCUGCUCGAAGAGGGCAACGCUUUAUUCAAGGACGGAGAGUGGGAGCAGGCGGUGAGAGAGUUCACUGAGGGUCUGAAUGUGUCCCGCUACGCUGCAGCCGAGGAGAUCCAGAUCCCCGAAGUUUUACUGGAGAGCCUGUUUGUGAACCGGGCAGCUGCCCACCACAGUAUGGGGGAUUAUAAUCGAGGCGUGCAGGACUGCGACGCAGCUCUGACGGUGUGUAAGGAGAGCCGCAGGGCCCUGUACAGGAAGGCACUUUGUUUGAAGGAGCUCGGGAAAUACAAGGAGGCCUACAACUGCACUACAGACUGUCUGCUCAUCUCUCGUCUGGACAAACAGGUGAACGAGCUCGCACAGGAGCUGGCCGUCCAUCUGGGACUAAAAAACCGGAAGCCCUAUGUUGUUUCAAAUGAGGGAGCACUUAUCAGGAGAGCUGUCACAAAUGGAAACACGACUGCUGAAACCAUCCAGGUGUCUGCUGCUCAUGUAGGAAAUGGUAUGAAUCCUCUGAGUGGCCUCGCACCAGUCAGUUUUCCCUGCAUGCCUCAGUCCUCCAGUCCCUCCCCAACUCCUGCCGUCCCCUUAGCACUUGACUCGCUGGACGCAAUCGAGAACACGGAGCUGAUGGGAGAUGACUUGGACAACCUGCUUGACUGUGUCCCUAAUGAGCCGGAGCCAACUGAGAGCCCCACCCAGGCAGCAUUCUCGGUCCCCAGCAGGACACCCACCUGCCAACAAACAGUCCCCUUGGUCCUGCCCGCCCCAACUCCCCAGCUUCCCCCGGCCUUCUUCAGCUCGGCCGUCAGCCAGCUCAACGCCCUGGACUCCUUUCCAGGUGUUGGCUGCAGCACCACAGGUUCGACUCUGGAUACCCUAGACGACCUCUUGACCCCUGGAGCUGGUGAUGGUGCUUUAAACUCGACCUCUGUGGCGUUGGAUGCUCUGGAUGGUCUUGAUUCCCUGGAUGACUUCUUGGAUACGACUCCAAGUGCUGCUGCUGCGAAUGAGUCCAAAACCAAACUUGACACAGGUGAAAAGUCCCUCGAUGAUCUGCUGGAUGAAUUAGAUCCCCUGGAGACUCCCUCUGAUCCAGGUGGAGGUGAAAUCCCUAAAAUUGGUGUGAAAGCUCUGAAUCCGCUCGACUCCCUCGAUGCCCUGGACUCGUUUUCACCGGUUGAAGGUGUUGGCGCAGUUUUGCCACCAGUGUCUUGCGGGGAAACAGGCCUGGACUCGCGCUACAAUUUCAGCUUAACAGGUAGUACAGGCUCUCAAGCUGCUGCAGCUCCAGUGCUGCGACCACCAAAGAACAACUACAAAGAAAAGGAGAGGAAUAACCAAAUGUCAGCUGCUGUCUCUAACCCACUGUCCUCCACCCAUGAGUUCCUGCAGGCCUGCGCUUCCUGUUUCCCUCGUAGAGGUCAAGGGAUAUACACAUUUGUGCAUAAGCCAGAUCUAGUCCACAGCUGUCAGCGAGACAUUCUGUUAUGUAGAAGAAAGACAGAUCCUCCCACGGAGUGGACCAGAGUGCGAAAGAUCCCCAAUUGGACUACCUUUACUGGGCCGUUUGUACUUUGCAGAGAGCUGCUGAAGUCUGGGGAUUUGGGUGUGUGUAAGUACGGAGAGAAAUGCACGUUUGCCUACAACCAGCUGGAGAUUGACGUUUGGACAGAAGAGAGGAAGGGGACGUUGGACCGAAACCUGUUGUUUAAAAAUGCAGAGUUCAAACUAGAUCCUGUACACAGCAUCCUCCGCCUUCUGCAGGAGCACAGGGGCAUGUUCAUGUUCCUCUGUCAGGAAUGCUACGACAGUAAACCUAGAAUCAUCAGUAAUCGCUGUAAAGAAAGUCACACCAUCUGCUCUAACUUGGCUGCUCGCCACACCUUCGAUGCCAAUAAGUGCUUGGCAUUUGUGGUGCGGACCCACAGUGUGAGCUACAGAAAGGUGCGACCGCUAAGCGCCCUGUGCCAGCUGGAUUUGUGCCGCCAAGCCAUCCGUUACGGCUGCCAGAGAGAAGACAGCUGCUUUUAUGCCCACUCCCCCAUAGAGCUGAAAACCUGGAGGGUGCAGCGAGACACAGGUAUCAGCCCUGAUGAGAUUGUAAAGAUAUCAACAAAGUAUCAUGACAAGCAGGAUCAAAAUGCAAGCAAACAGAAAGGAAAUAGAGUGUCCUCUGGAGGUGGUGGGAUCAAAUCAAAAGGAGGAGCAGCUGGGAAAAGUCUGAAUAUGAAGAUGAAGUUUGUCUGUUCAAAUUGCUGGCGGGACGGCCUGAUCAGUGAUCCAGACAAAGCCCUCAAAUACUGCAGUGCAAAGGCCAGGCACACGUGGACUAAAGAGAAAUGGGUCCUGCUGGUCAAGUCCUUGGAGAGAAGUAAAUGGGUUAAGGUCCGACCGCUGCCACAUGCCAAGAACUUUCCUCUGCAGUAUGAUAUAUGUACCCAAAUUUUGGAGAAAAGGAAAUGUAACUACUCUGGAAACUGCACUUUUGCUCACAGCCAGGAGGAGAAGGAGAUGUGGAUGUAUAUGAAGAAUAAUGACUUGCGGGAGAUGCAGCAGAUAUACGACAUGUGGCUGACAAUAACCGCCCAAAACCGCCAAACAGAUGGAGCCACGCUCACGCAGCCCGUUCCAGAGGAAAAAUACAUCUGCAUGCCAACUGACUAUGCUGAACUGAUGAGUAGUUUCCACUGCCGUCUGUGUGGUAGGCACAGUAACAGCGAGCGGCAGUGGCAGCAGCACAUUUCCACGGAGAAGCACAAGGACCGAGUGUUCAGCUGCGAGGGGGAGGACGAAGCUCUGACGUGGAGCUACCGCUUCCCGGGCCCGUGCUUUGAACUCUGCCCAAAGUUGGAUGGUGGCUGUCCUGACGGUGUGAGCUGCGACUUCGCCCACAGCUUAGAGGAGCUGCAGGAGUGGACCGAGAGACGGGAUCUCCUGCGACGGAAGCUGGCCAAAGCCAGGGACGACAUGCUGAUCAUGCCUGACGAGGUUGACUUUGGGAAGUACAACUUUUUACUUCAGGACUGAGAUAUUUUUUUUUACUUUGUGCGCAAAUAACUGCCAAACUAGCAUUUAAGUUUAUUUUUAAACUAAAGUCAUGACCAAAGUCAGCAGUUGACAUGAUCAAAUUUGCUUUUCCUGCCAAAAAUGCACUUGAAUUAAUACAUGAACAAAUGUAUUUGCAUUCUCAAAUUUGCCAUAUACUCGACUUUCAAUUCUAAGAUAUGUGUUUAUCUUUGCGCUGUUUGGAUUGUUUUCAGAGCCUCUUGUAUUUCUCAUUUCUGUCCAGCCUAAAAAUCAGAAAAAAGUACUUUGUGUUACGAAAGACACACCGUUCAUCACAAGAAAUUCAUAAAAGGUUCAUAUCUAACAUAACGUUAAGCCAUAAGAAUUCUGUUGCAUUAAAUUUUGUUCUUUUCUGUUUGUGUCAUGUUUGAGCAGGGAGUAACUUUAACCGCUUUAAUUACACCACAGUUCAGCGAGAAAGAUGUGGAUGUUCGUUGCCUUAAAUGUGAAUUGAAAUUCUCCUCACAAAUGAUUUCUCAAAGACUCAAUAAAGGCUGUCACGUUCAGUACUGAUUUAUACUCAA